UCCUAUGUAAAAGACGUAUAGAUUAAUAACGAAUAAGCUGCUACUUUAAUCAAGAAUUUUUAACUAUUAAUAAAAUCUUUUAGUAUCUUUUCUGAGUACUGUAGAUAUCAUUUCAAAUAAAUUGUGGUUUUAUUGUGGUAUUAUAUCCUGCGUUUUAUCACUGUUAAGAUUACAGUCUUAGGUAUUGAAUGUUCACCGUAUUAAAGACAUGUGUGUAUAAACUUCAAGCAUAGACAUGUGCAUCUAUGACUAUAGGGAACACAGAUCAUGGUAGAAAAUAGCUUAGGUGACGUGCAGUGACGUUGCCAUUGUAUUUAUUCGACUACAAUCCCUCUGUCGGAUGGUCCAAAUAUCAGGUUAAGAUUGUCACAUAAAUUGAAGUAGGAGGAGAUGACCCCCGCACUAUCUAUACAUGUAUAUCUCCCGUCGUGACUCAAAGUAAACUAAGCUACGUUGAAAAAUUUGUGUUCUUGUUAACACUUCCAUUUAAAUGCUCGAAUAUUAUUCCCAUAAAAAAUGACAUACCACAUGUCUUUCAUAAAUAUCAUGUCCCAUCCACAUCUCUGAUGCUUUCAGUUUGAGAGAAACAGAAAAAUAUGGCAAACAGGAAUAAAAAACGACGUUUGGCCUGUGAGCCUAUUAUAGCAGUGGAAUAUUCUACAGUCACGGACAAAAAUAUGUUUUGUUGGGGGAGUACUAUACACGGGGAACUAGGUUUAGGUGGUAUAGAAGAUGAAAACAUUUUAGUUCCCCGUGAACUUGAUUUUCAGAAGGCUACAGAAAUUGAACAGAUUGCUUGCGGUGAAAAUUACACUGUGCUUAUUACUCGAGAUGGUCAAGUAUAUUCUUGUGGAAAUAAUGAUUAUGGGCAACUUGGUCAUGAGAAAGGAAGGAAAAGAUUACAAUUAAUACCUGGAUUAGAUGCGUUUGUAUUUAAAAAAGUAGCUUGUGGAGCACAUCAUACAUUAGCAGUAAAUGAAUGGGGCCAACUGUUUAGUUGGGGAUCUAAUGCAGAAGGCCAACUUGGUCUGAAUUCUAAAAAUUUAAUUGAAUGUGUUCCGCAUAUGGUAAGAGCAUUAGGUACAAGUGUAGUUGUACAAGUAGCCUGUGGCAUUAACCAUGUACUUGCAUUAACAAAUAAUGGAAAAUUAUAUAGUUGGGGUUCUAAUAGUGAUGGACAGCUUGGACUAGGUACAGAUGUUAAAAAUGAAAUAAAGCCUAAACUUAUCAGCAGUUUAGCUGGUGUUCCCAUUGCUUUUAUUACCUGUGGUGGAUAUCACAGUAUGGCUAUAUCAAAAUCAGGGGCUGUAUUUGGGUGGGGAAAAAAUACAUUUGGUCAAUUAGGAUUAAAUGAUACACGAAAUAGAAAUUUACCACGUCAAUUACAAACUUUACAAAAUGCAAAAGUGUGUUAUGCUGCUUGUGGUGAAGAGUUUUCUGUAUUUUUAACAGUGGAUGGUGGAGUAUUCACAUGUGGUGCUGGAAUGUAUGGUCAGUUAGGGCAUGGAAAUACCAGCAACGAAAUUUUACCGCGUCAAGUUAUGGAGCUCAUGGGCAGCACAGUUACCCAGAUUUCAUGUGGUAAAAGGCACACUUUGGGAUUGGUACCAUCGCGAGGCAGAGUUUAUGCGUGGGGUUUAGGUGGUGCAGGACAAUUAGGUAAUAAUAUCACACGAAGUGUAGCAACUCCACAAGUGGUACAUGGUCCAUGGGUUGCACCAAAUGGUUCUUCAGUGAUAGACUUUAAUGAGUUUACUUCUUGUAAAACUAACUACAUUGUUAAACACAUUUUUACUGGUGGGGAUCACUGUUUUGCCACAGUAAUUCCUAGAGAUACUAAUGUAGAACCAGAUGACUGUAGAAUAUUACAGUCAUCUUCCCAAAUUCUUGAAAUAACUGAAGAGCAGUUAAUGGCAUGUCAACGAGUUCCGUCAAACUCAUCUGUUGAUCAUGAACUUAUGAUGUAUUUGGAGACGGUAUUUACAAGUAACUCUUGCGUGACUGGAUCAUUUUUACUUAAUAAUGAUGCUCAUUAUGGUUGUUCGAUAAAGCAUCAUGGAGUGGAUCUUGAUCGAGCAAGUCGAUUAUUCGGAAUUAUUAAAGAAUUGGAUAAUAACACGAUUCAGAAAUUGAUAUUUACCUGCAUAACAGAGAGCUUAAUUCCUUCUUUCACCAGCUCUAAUUGUAAUACAAUCAAGACAGUUUGUCCAGAAUCUUUAAGAAUAUAUUUAAUAUUACCAUUAUAUCAUGGUUUUGCAAAUCCUCUCAAUUGCGAUGUAUUGCAUUCGCCAUUUUGUAAAGCCAUUUUAUCAUUAAAAUCAGAGAUUCGUGACAUUGUUACAAGUUGGUGGGUAGGAUCUCCAGCACAUUAUUUUGAAAGAUUAGUUAGAAUUCAUAAAUCCAUUGUUUUACAUUACGUAAAAACUAAACGUUCUAAAACAAGCAAGGAAGUAAUAUGGGAUGAUACUCUACAAGUCGUCUUAGACUUAUUACACUUAUUAAAUAAAUUAAACAAUGAAGGCGUUGAAGGGAACAAAGUACCUUAUUCUACAUUUCAUUUACCAGAAUUAAUAGAAUAUAUAGACAUUAGAGGCAAUUAUAUAAGAUGGAUUUCAGAACCUCCCUCUUCCCGGAAAGUGUUCUGCGAUUAUUCGUUUCUCCUUGAUGCACAAGCUAAAACCAUAUUACUUGAAACGGAUCAAGCUAUACAGAUGCAAUCAGCGAUGAAUGAGGCCGCAACUCGGGCUGUAAUGAAUCAAAUGUUCUUAGAUCCAUUUUCUACAGACUUACGACAUCAUAAUCAGUUUUUGAUCUUAAAUGUAUCAAGAGAAAAUAUAGUUGCAGAUACAUUGAUGGAACUGUCUCAUUACGAUUCUAGCGACUUAAAGAAACCUCUCCGAGUGAAAUUUCAUGGUGAAGAGGCAGAAGAUGCUGGUGGAGUUAAAAAAGAAUUUUUCAUGCUUCUAUUGAAAGAGAUUCUUGAUCCAAAAUAUGGCAUGUUUAAACAAUAUGAAGAGUCCAGAAUUAUUUGGUUCAGUGAAGACUCGCUUGAAGAUGAAAACAUGUACUUUUUAAUUGGGAUUCUUUGUGGACUUGUCAUUUACAAUUUUAUUAUCAUUGAUUUGCCAUUUCCAUUAGCUCUGUACAAAAAGUUGUUACACGAACCAGUUGGAUUGAACGAUAUCAAAGAAAUGUCACCGUUGCUCGCUAAGAGUAUGCAAAAUAUACUUGACUACGAAGAAGAGGACUUUGAAGAAAUUUUUUGUUUACAUUUCGAAGUAGUCAGGGAGGUAUUCGGUGAGAAGAGAAUUUUUGAACUUAUACCAGGUGGUAGCAAAGUUCCUGUUACAUUAAAUAAUAAAAAACAGUUUGUUGAUUUAUACGUAGAUUAUAUAUUAAAUAAAUCCGUGGCACCUCAUUUUGACAAAUUUCAUGAAGGUUUUCAUAAAGUUUGUGGCGGAAGAGUGUUAGAGUUGUUUCAUAGUCACGAACUUAUGGCUGUGGUGGUAGGGAAUGAAGAUUACGAUUGGGAAGAAUUAGAAAAGAACGCCACGUACAAAGAAGGAUACACAAAAAAUGACCCCACUAUCAUAUUAUUCUGGCAAGUGUUUCGUGAACUCACGUUGGAGGAGAAGAAAAAAUUUUUGCUAUUUUUGACCGGAAGUGAUCGAAUACCUAUACAGGGAAUGCAAGCAAUCAAGAUUACGAUACAACCAAUGCAUGACGAGCGUUUAUUACCCGUUGCUCACACGUGUUUUAAUUUACUUGAUCUCCCACGCUAUCAAACUAGAGAAAGAUUACGUUAUAAGUUAUUACAGGCUAUUCAACAAACACAAGGAUUUUCAUUAGUAUAAUGUUAUCAUUUUAUUCUUUUAAUACGUGCAUAAUAUUCUUUAUUGAUUCGAAAUUUAGCAUGGUCGCAAUCAGGGCAUUUUAUGAAAGCUUUACAUCCGUUGUUACACAGAUUUUUAUUAUCAUAAUCGUAUUUUUCUAAUGGUGUAUUUGAUUGAUAUUAUCCAAUAGAGCGUUAUCAAGAGUGUACAUAUGAAAUUUAUACCACUGCUAUAAUGUGCGUCGAUAAAAAAGUGGAUCGUAUUAUGCACGCAUUUCUAAUGUCACAAAUUUCUAAAUUUCAACUUUAUAGAUCUAUUAAUGAUUUAUUUUAAAUAAAAAUAGUGUUUGCAAUUAUUACAGUACACUUGAAUUCUGGAAACAAGACAAACUCAGGGAAUAUCUUUAGUGAAUAAAUUAUAAACAAAUGUAAUAUUCCACGAUAGGUUAAAACUAAAGCGAAUGAAUUUGUUUUUACAUAUUGUUUAAUGAAAAAUGAUUUUUGAACAGAAAAAAAUCGAUCAUGGUUUUAUAGGUUGCAUUUAUUUAAAUAAUUUAUGUUUUUGUUUCCAAGAGCAAGAUUAUGAAUAAAUAAAAAUAUAAUUUAUUGUA